GUAUUUUUAUGUCAGUUUGUGUGAAACGCUGAAGAUAUGAAGGCGCGUCAUACAUUUUUUGCCCUUUCCAUAUUAUAUUCGUUGUCUUCAGUAUGUGCGACGGAAACAAAAUCUAGUGAUACACCGGAUGAGAUAGGUGCAACGGAAGCCUGUAAAAGUGAACUGAAGUCUCUCUUCGUAACGGCAGGAUUGAGCGAUACUAUCAUUUUAUCAGCACCAAUCAUAAAAAACAGAAACACCUUUUACUACUUAAGCAAUCCCAACGGUGAUAGUAUGAAACUGAAUAUAAAUACAACUCGAUUUACGACCGAUUAUAAAGAAACAUCACAAAUGAAAAAUAAUUACGCUGAAAAUCAUAAUUUAACAAAAUAUGAAGGAAAAUUAAAAAGUAUUAUUGCCACGAAUAAGAAACCCAGGAUAUUAGGUUUGAAUCACGAAAAUUAUGAAAACAAUUGCCUCGUUUCGUACAAUGAUUUUGAAAAACAGCCAAACGACUUUACAAUUGGACCCCUCAGUGAAGACGAUCAUGGAAAUUGGGUACUGAGUUCAUACUAUAAAGGAAAUGAUGGCGACUAUGACUGGAUUGAAUUAUUUCAAGUUAUUACUAUCAGCAUAGUCGAAUCAUUUCCAACACACGCUCCAAACACCAAAUUGGUCCCUGGCCAAACAUUCGAGCCAAGCUUUCUAUAUCCAAUAAAUAACCUUGAAAGUUGUGAUAUUAGACCACCAAGAACAACUUUCGACAGAUUUUAUGACAGGGACAGAUUUAACUUGGAUUCUUGCGGAUUUCGGAUACCAAAUGUAACCAAAGAUGACGAAGGAUUAUGGAAGAUUUUUGGUGUGGGCAAACUAGUGUACAAAGGAGAGAUUUACUUACAAAUAGAUGACGAAUAUUUUGUAUGAUAGAAGAAUUUUCGGGUUAGUUACCCAUGCUUCCUGUUCCUUGAAUUCGCACGGGAGAUUAUUG